AUGAAAGUGGAGGGUGGAGUGGCGACCACGACGAUCCUCCACAAGGUCAAGGUGAAGGAAGAGGCGAAGGAAUGCUGCGGUUAUCAGCGGUCCGCGUCGACGUCACCGUCGACAUCGUCGACGUCAACGGGAACCGCGAGCAUCGCGGUAACUGCGACCGCUCCGAGCGCAAGUAUCGUGGCCAACGUGCCCCCUGGCAAUAGCACCGUCAGCAAUAUAAAUGCCAACGGCGUUUCGAACCCGACCACCGUCGUUCCAUCGACGAGCACCGUGUCCAAUGCGUGCCCCGCGACCUCAGCUAUUAUCUGCCAUCCGUCGACCCCGGCCUCCUCCGUCACCGUCACCGUCACCGCCAACGCCGAACCCUUUCCGGUCGAUCUCGAUCUCAAAGCGAAGACAAAGGUGGGCUGCGUCACGACGAGGGACAAGUCCACGCGGGAGGACAGCAAACCGGAAGUGCAGUCGCCUGGCGGUCAUCAUCAAAGGGUAUCGACGGUGGUGGUUCCGUCAUCUGGUCCACAAAAUCACACAAACAACGCACCGCGUAUCGAGCACAAGGGGCCAACAACCGGUUGCGCGAGAUCCUCGGACAACGGCAGUCCUCUAUCCACCCACAUCCUGAAGCCCGAAUUCGAGGAUGGAAUCGGUGGUUCUGGCGGCGGUAGCGGUGACGGCGGCGGUGACAGUGGGCCAGCUACUGUCAACUGCAGAACGGAAGAGCAGAACGAUGUACCGACGGCGUCGUCGAACGGCACAAACGGCACCAGAUGCGUCGCCGGUGUUUUCGCCGGUCACGGGAUGUUCAAGAGGCUGCUCGGCACUCUCGUGCAAUUCGCCACGGACAUCUCGCCAGAUACCGGCGAUACCGUGCGCACCCUGGUGUUGGCGCUUCUGAGCGGGAGCAUGGCCGCCGAGGAGUUUCACCAGGCGCUGCAAGAAGCUACCAACUACCGUCUCAGAGGUUUUGUGUUACCGUACCUGAAGCACACCUUGCCCUCCUUGCAGAAGGAUAUAGGCAGUGCCGCCAGAGCAUGCAACCAGAGUUCCGCGCAGUUCUUACGAUCGAACGAGACAGCGGUGUUGGAGGCAGUCGGCUUGGUAUCCGCAGGUGAGCCGGUCGAGAUCUUCGGGGAGCAAGCUGCCGGUAACGGGUUAGGAAGUGGUAACGGAAACGGCGGCGGCAAUCAGUGUUCCAGUCAUUACGGGAUGCGGUCCAAUUCGAAUCCCGACGUUGGUGCUAUUCAACACACGAGCAACGCGACGGCCGGUUUGCACCAUUAUUCCGGGAACUCGUCCCACGCGCCGAAGCGACGAGCCUCCGAUACUCCGUACUACGAAAACGGAGUGCUCUUCGACGAUGUGCCGGUGUACGGGAAAAGACUGUCGAAUCCUUGGAGCCAUCACCACUCGCAGCAACAGCAACAACCGCCUACCGACAGCUCCCCGUCUUACUGUUGGUAUCAUCCGCUUCACUCGUCCAGCGGAUCGAUGCAAGGUCACCGUCAUGGUCACGGUCCCAGUCCAGUGCCACCCAGUCUCGUGCAAAUUAAUCAGAUAAACGCAUUCUCGGGGACGCACCAUCUACCUCAGCAGCACCAGCACCAACAGCAGCAACAGCAGUCGAACCAUGCUCAAAUGCAAAACGGGAGUCUAGACGACGAGUGGAAGAAUAUUCAUGUAAUGUUGAAUUGCAUACUUGGAAUGGUCGAGAAGACGAAAAGGGCUCUGGCCAUUCUUCAGACACGUGGUUGCUCCAGUCCAGCAGCAGCGCCUCCGUUGGCAUCCACGACCUCGAUUGUGGCCCAAAAUGGUACUGGAAACACAGUCACCGGAAACAAUCCGUCAUCGACGAACGGUUCUCAAGUAGAGUCCUCAACGGGGGAUCGAGAGGGUAGCUUGAAGCGAUUGUCCGGGGAGAUCGUUGCCCAGACGAUUAGGGCGACUGAAGAUAAAGUUGCGGAAGUUAAACGAAAAGCUGAGGAAGCUGUACUGGAGGUAAAGAGAGCUGCAGUAGCCGAGGUCCAAAGAGCCGUGGCUGCGGCAGUCGCUGAGUCUAGGGCGAACGAACGUCUUCGAGUGCAUCGGUUGCUCGAUCUUCCGGUGUCUCAGAGAAAUCACAGUGCACUUCGUCAGGGCUCGUUUGUUCGAGUUCACGGCAAUCCGAACGCUGUAGACAGUAACGCGAGAACAGUCGCAAUGCCAAUCGCUAAUUCGAACUCAGUGCCAUCUACCAUCGAGGAUGAGAAGGACACACACUUGCAGACCAUUUCGGGAUCCAAUUGUUGGAAUUGUGGUAGACCCGCUUUGGAGACCUGUGGAGGUUGUGGAAUUGCCAGAUACUGUGGUUCCUUUUGUCAACACCGCGACUGGGAAGCCGGCGGGCAUCACGCGACCUGCAACAAUGCUCCACCACGUGAAACUAGCAGGUCUGCGUCUCGUAGCCCGCCGAGAAUCACAACUGGGAAUCUUUCGUCGAACGUCAACGAUGUGGAUGUCGCCGCUCCGCCGAUACCGAUCACAACGCAAUCCAAAGGAAAGUGA